UGUAGCUGCUGGAAGCCAGGAUGGGAUAAUCAUGCGUGUCUGGCUCCGGGCGUUGAUGCAGCUGCCGUUGCUGGAUCCGGACUGGACUCGGGGCGCAGGGUGGGUCUAGUUCCCGACUGGAGCUAUCUGGACCUCAUGUCGAUGUUAUCAAGCGUUCCGAGAAAGACGAGGGCGAUGGCCGCGAGAGGAGUUGCUGCAGCUCUUUGAAAGGCGACAGAAAUCGAGCUUUUUCGCCGAUGGAGGACAGAAUUGGCCGGCAUUAAAGCGCAGGGAUUUGGAAUAACUUGGUAAAAAGGGGGGGAGAGGAGGAUACCCAGCACCCUUUAGAGGAUACCGAGGGCUAAUUUUUUUCUUUAUGGUCUUUUUUUUCAUAACUGGGAUAGAGAUAGAAACGCACCUGGAAGAGGGGCUCACUUUUGCAUCGGUAAUUAGGAGAGGACUGCCUCGUUGGAGCAGCCGCCGCAUCCGACCGACCGGGGGGGAUACUUGGAUGGAGAGGGCGCAGCAGUGAGGGGCUGAGAGAGCGGCUCGCCUUGCCGUGUGUAGGAGGAGGACGGAGGGAGACCGGGGCAGUUUGAGAGGGGGGGACGGGGAGCCAGGAGAGGCGCGGCGGCUCCAUGAGCGGCUCCUGCCGGGACAGAGCGCCCAGAGCCGAGCCGGAGCGUCUCUUCCACCGCCGCGGGUAGAACCCCGGGCUACAGGACGGCGGCCAGUUUGGAAGUUUUGAUGCAUAUGAUCACAACCACCAUGAUUUUUAUGAUUCUUGGUGCUUCAGUUGUAAUGGCGAUAGCCUGUUUAAUGGACAUGAACGCACUACUGGAUCGCUUUCACAACUACAUCUUACCGCAUCUACGAGGGGAGGACCGCGUCUGUCACUGCAACUGUGGAAGGCAUCACGUUCACUAUGUAAUCCCAUAUGAUGGGGACCAUUCCUUGGUGGACUCAUCAGAGAACUACUUUGUGAGUGACAGUGUGACCAAGCAGGAGAUGGACUUAAUGUUGGGGCUGCUGCUGGGCUUCUGCAUCAGCUGGCUGCUUCUGUGGCUGGACGGAGUCCUACACUGUGCCGUCAGGGCCUGGAGGGCGAGCCGCUACUACGAUACCCCGUCUUGGUCAUGGCUGCCCCAGUUCUGCAACCUUCGAGACCUCCGUCGCCGGGCCCAGCUCAGACAGCUGGAAGACUCCAGCGGCAACAUGGUCCACAUCAAGCAGAAGCUCUACCACAACGGCCACCCUAGUCCCCGCCACCUCUGACUCUAAAAAACAAAAUAACAACAAAAAAAAAACCUAGACCCUUUUCCCUAAAAAAAACCCCUUUCUCCUUUCCUCUCCAAAAUCCCUCCUCCCAAACUGCCCCUUGGCCAACUGUUGCCUCAGAGACCCUGGAAAACUGCCCUCCCACUGUUCAUAACAUGGCCCCCUUAAACCCCCCAGGACUUUUAUUAUGACUAAGCCCCUGUCAGCACUAAAAAAAAAACCCCAAAAUGGAGCAAGAUGACGAUUAUUUGUUGCCACUGAAAUCUUGUCUUAUGUCCAUGUCCACCAUUGUGGGAGGAGGAAGAAAAAAAACAUUUUUAAGGGUGUUUUUUCUGUAUAGAGACAUUUUCUGUGUUCAUUGUUAAACUUGGCAUGCUCUUUUAGAACAGGGUAAGAUGUGGGCAGCGUAUGGAACGGGGGCGGCAAGACGGGUGUCAGGAUUUUUUUUUUCUCU